CCGAGCAAUAAUCCAUAUCCGGAUAUCGAUCCGGGCCGGUUCAUGACGUCGUAGUUACACCAAGCUUCGGAGGAAAAAAACAGAGACAAGUUAACAGAGAUGCCAUACUUUUUAGAUCUUCUGCGGAAACUGAAACACAAGCAUCAGAGGGAGCUUCGUGUUCUUCUCCUCGGCCUCGACAAUGCCGGCAAGACAACCAUUCUUAAAAAUCUCUGCAAAGAGUCUUAUGAGAACAUAUCACCAACGAAAGGGUUCAACAUCAAAAGCGUUAAAAACAAAGACUGGAAUCUAAAUGUGUGGGAUAUAGGAGGGCAGAGGAAGAUUAGACCGUACUGGAGGAAUUACUUUGAAAACACUGACGUUUUGAUAUAUGUGAUAGACAGUGCAGACAGAACAAGAUUUGACGAAGCAGGCGAGGAAUUCAGUGAACUACUAGAGGAAGAGAAGUUACAGGGAGUGCCUGUGUUGGUGUUUGCAAACAAGCAAGACCUGGUGGGAGCCGCUUCGGCUUCUGAUCUCUCCGACUCUGACAAUUUGAAUUUACAAAUACUUCGAAACAGAUCGUGGCAAAUUCAAGCCUGUUCUGCGCAGACAGGGGAAGGCCUAGAGGCAGGGUUAACGUGGGUUAUGAAGACGGUGAACAGCAAAAAGUAAAGAGCAUCCAGCAUUUAGCCCUUUUAUACCAGGUUGGUCGCACCAUUCUAGGAGAGAGCGUUCUCCCUAUUCCAUGCUGCCAUCCACAAUGGUAAGAUAUUUGGUUAGCUCCUGUUAGAAGAACACAUUCAGGAUAUUGUUGUGAUCUUCAGGUUGGACUCGCUAUCUUUCCUGUGCAUAUGAAGCAAUUGCCAGCCAAAGACUUUAAAGAUGACAAUCACUGCCCUUGGCUUCGUAAUGAAUAUCAGCUCCCAUAAUGCAACGGUGGAUUACCUCGCCAGACUUAUGAUAUCGGUCGUCAUGCCAUGUCUGCAGUCACUGCCAUGGUUUGAUAUCUGUGGGACGUUGCAAGGAACUUUUGUUGGGUCAGAUGCAUAAAAAGUAGCAACUGCUGUUGCUAGGCUUUUGCUUGAUUCCGUAUGCAAAAAAAUGAGCAAGCAAACGCUUUUGGUAAUAAGUUCAAGCAAUUACCUACUUUCUGUUAGCAUUUGCUUGACUAUUAAUCUAUUUGCUUAAAAGCGUAUGCAUGCAUAAAGCUAACUUGUUGCUUGUGCAUUUAAGCACUUGCUUGGGUUUUCAAGCUCCGUCAGAGUAGCUUGAGCGUCUGCUUGAUCAGGGCAUUUGCAUUUUAUAGUCAUAUUUAUGCACCUAGGAGAGAACCCCCAAAGGGUACAGUAGCCUUCAUGUACAUGUUUUCUUCCUUCUUAACGUGAAUCUAUUGCCAAAGUACAUUAAUUCAUUAAAUGGAAACAAGUUAGACGAAUAGUUUGAUAUCACGUCCAAGGGAAAAAGUGUAACAUGAGAGAAAAGGCAUAUUUUGAACUGCCAUAUCAGGUAACGACUUACAUUCGAGUCCUGCCUUUGUUCUGCAAGUUGUUUACCCCAGCAUGACGUUGCUAUUGUUCAAUCCGCUAGCAAUAUUGCUUUCUGAAGGCAAGACAAGGGUCUAAGCCCAGGCAAAGGGUUAUGCAUACGAAAUGAAGCAGUUGCUACAUGUAAGUCUUGAUCUUUUGCUUGGCUGGCAAUUGCUCGUGCUUGCAGCAAUUACUUGAAUGUAAUAAUUGCUACUUCUUAUGCAUAUGACCCAAUGACUAGCAAUCAAUCAUGACUUUUGCAAUCAAUCACUAAUUUGCAAUUGAUAGUAUGCUUCUUGCAAUAGAAAAUAUGAAUUGAUUACACUGUAUUUAAUUAUUGAUAAUGCAAUGAAAAUUUGCGAUCAACCGUAAAUAAGUUUGUUACUACUUGGUCUUUAUCCAAGAGGCUUGAAAUACAUUUAUGUGUAACCAGGUGGGUGUUACAUGAGGCUGUUCGUGUAAGUUAAGAGCGAUCUUAAGAACGACUGGUGAUCCCUACGCGCUGAAUAAUCACCAAUGAACAUUUAAUAGUGAAUAUCAUUUCCCACAAGAAAGGAUCACCAGUCGUUCUUAAAGUCACUCUUAAAUGACGAAUAGCUUCAUGUAACGGCCCCCAGGUCCAUUUCUGGCUGUUUCUUGGGCAGAAAUUUCAUGAGGUAUGUCUGUGGCUCUUGUGAUGGGGGGGAGGGGGUGUAGUUGAGCCUAUGAUAUUUUUUCAUGUAGGCACUUGAAAGAAAACAGACAUUUCUUGG